AUGCCAACCGCGAGCGACUUCAUCUGUCGACUUCGUGAGCUCGAGGCGGACCGCCAACGCAUCGAGCUCAGCCAGGCGCUCCUCCAGGGCGAGGUGCGAGCGUUCUCGCACGAGGUCGCACGAGCCGCUCAGAGCGACCCGAACAUCCUGGGCCUCCUCCAAGCCGAGGCGAGGGCCUUGCUUCCUCUCGCCGCGCCGCUCGACCCGCCCGAGCAGCUCACGAUCGACAGCGGCGACUUUAUCAUCGGUACCUUCGACGAGGACGUCAUCCUGCCGUCGAGCCUGCCCUUCCUCGACCUCAGCCCGCCAUUCGGCGCGACUGGCGACGACGCCGCCGCACCGACCUUCCCUCCCCUCGUCGACAUUCCCGACCUGCCCUUCCCCGACGCCGUCAUGAGCCUCCCCACCAGCUCCUUCGGUUACGACGCCCAUGCCCUGUCAGUCAGCACCUCGGCGCCGAGCACCAUUUCGUCGUCCCCACGGUCGUCGUUCUGCUCGCCCGUCUUCUCGCCCAUGGACGUCGCAGCGAGCUCGUUCGGGACCGACUGGACAUCGUCGUACUACUCGUCGGGCUCGACCGGCGCCGUCUCGCACGCCGGCGCGUCGUUGACGAGCGGCUUCGCGCUCGUGCCGCCGAGGUUUGCGCACGCGCCCUUCGACGCGCACCUCGAGGCGCUCGUCGCGAGCUCGUCGACGCUCGAGCGGGUGCCCUCGCGAGCGGGCAAGGUCAAGUGCGAGUCGCAGGCCGGCGACGUGCGCUUUGACCCGCUCGCCACGUCAACCUCGGUCCGCCGUCGCCAAAGCUCUUUCGGGUCCAGCACAUCGCCCGACAUUCCUGUUUCGCCAGAGCUCGAGCCGGCGUUGCACAAGUCGACCGCGUGCUCGAGCAGGGCUCGGUCGAUGCGUCAAGCCGUCAAGGGCGCGACGACGUCAACCGCGGUCAAGAAGAAUGACGAGCACAUGUUCGCUGUCUACAUCCAGGGUGUCGGCAAGACGGGCGAGACGUCCCUCACCCGCCUCUAUCUCGACCACUCGUCGCUCGACCCGACCUCGCCCCUCGGCUGCACCGUCACCGGCGACACGCUCUACACGGCGAGCUCGUUCGCCCGCGACUGCGAGCGCGCGAGCGUCUACUCGUUCUUCACGGCGUCGCGCGCCCAGUGGGUCGUCGAGUUCUCGCUCGCCGGGCCCGCCAUCGUGCCCGUCACAAGCUCGUCGAGCGACACGACGACCACGGCGGCGGCGACCAGGACGUUCGUCCACUUCCUGCCCGGCGACCUCGUCGUCUCGCCGUCCCUGCCGCUCGGUUCGCGCGAGUGGUGGCGCCUGCAGGAGUGCCGAGGCGCGCAUGCCGGCUACCCGGGCGGCGCAUGGACGGCGAGGUACGACGACGAGGCGGCGACAGCGAGCGGCGGCGCAGGAGGAGGAGCGGAGAAGCGCCGGCCCGCGAGGAUCCUCGCGCACUUCCUCAAGUGCUGCCCGGUCGACGACGCCGAUGGCGAGUGGUCGCUCAUGAAGCUGGCGCGGCUCAUGAAGAAGUAGCCGGUCUCUCGAGCCCUCGAGUCUUUCUCUCUCCCUCUCUUCUCCUCUCGCACUGUCUGUAUCGCCGUCGAGUACCUCUGCAGCACGAGCAGUUCCUGUGGCCGCAUGUUGUUGUACACGAACCUC